AAUAACAGUAUGCAUCAAUGACUUGGUGAAGCCCGACCGAAAUAUGGGUUAACAAUGUAAACUUCACGAGGCCGCCAUUUUUGUUUUGCGUUUCGGAGGUCGUCCGGUUGCGUUGUCACGGGACGAGUUACAAUUACAUUUGGAGACAACGAAUAUUCUCUCUUAUACCAGAAUGAGAAUGGUUCGGACAUGGAUACGGAGCCUUGGUCGCGUGUCCAUACCUCGAAUUGCAUUAGUGGUUGUGUGUUGUUGUUUUAUGCUGAUUCUGACGACAAACAUGGACAUAGGAGAAGGUAUUUUUAAGUUUGUACGGGUUCGUCGUUGCACAGACAACACCGUCAGUGAAGCAUCAGAAUUCAGGACGUCCACAGAUAUAACAUCACAUGGGGACAGGAAACACAUUCAUAGACAGAGUUUGAUAGAGAACGUUACCUCUAGCAAUAAGUAUGACGUCACCGUUGUCACGGCGUAUUUCGAUCUUGGAACAUUUAGGAAAGGGUCUGUUACACAAUUCUCUACUGAGACCUACCUCAGUUGGUGCAAUACAUUCAGAUAUCUGCUUAACCCAUUAAUAGUAUACACCGAUUCACAGAAGUUCUAUCAUUUAAUGAAAAACAUCAGAAAUGACACUGCCAACAGAACACGGAUUCAUCUCAUCAACAGGAACUCGUCUUGGGCUUUUCAGCUGCGAAGCAAUAUAUCUAAAGUAUUUUCCCAAAAAGGAUAUCCUAAACACUAUCCUAAUACAGUUUUACCCGAAUACGCAUGCGCACAGCUCGCAAAAUAUGAUGUUAUAUCCCGUGCUUCCCGCGACGACGUGUUCAAAACGAAUUAUGUUAUGUGGUUGGACGUUGGAUACUUCAGAGAUAGAAAGUCAACCAACUUCUUUUCACUUAGAAGGCCGAAAGGUUACAACGAAAGUCGUGUAGCUAUGAAUGUCAUCCAAGCGAAUACAAACAUGGCUAUGCCAGUGACAGAUAUAUUCCGUAACAAUCUAGUUUGGGUCGGCGGAGGUCUGGUGUUUGCAAAUAGGGAUAUCAUUCCUCGAUUCGAAACUCAGUUGAAAAAGGCUGUGGAUUAUUUCCUAAGCAGACGUGUGAUGAAUACCGACCAGCAGGUAGUGUACGCGCUGUUUAGUGAUGAGGGGCGGCGCGGGAUCCGCCCCAACAUUGAGCUCCAGUUGUACACCCCUCCUGGGGACAAGUGCUGGUUCUACCUGGGAAAUAUCAUGCUCAAUUCCACCAACAAUAUACACACAACACAACAGAUUCUAGUAUAUGUUAUCUUGACAUGUAUCUACCUUACAAAUAAAUGAUCAAUACAUAAACUAGCAUAUAAAGUAUGAACCGAAAUACUUAUAGUACCAUUGCAAUUUACAAGACUAUAGUAAGGAAUCAUAGUAUGGCAAAUACUAAUAUCUCUUAAUGCUCAACUCUAAUAGGUUGACAGUAUCGGUUUUUAAUUUAUUUUUCUCCCAGAAUCAGCUGAAUUUGGCAUCAAUGCAUUCAAUUCAUAUUAGAUAACUCACUAAACAAGAGAUGUCAAUUUUGAUCGUAUACUUGCAGUUGUAACGUACCAUCCGCAUUUCCAUAAUGUCUCUAAAAAUUAGCUAUACAGCUUUGUAUAUCUAUUAUAAUUCACAUUAUUGCUAAACAUUUUCCAUAUUUCUUAAGCUAUACCAUAUUGUUAUUGAUAUUUGCUACCUUGUAACAAUGAGCACAUGCAUGAUACGUGUGUUUAUUUAUAUUUAUGACGAGAUGCUUUGUUAUAUGAGUCGAAAUAAACCUUCGCUAUGCUC